AGCUUCUUUCAUCCAAAAAUGCAGCGCAACAAUAAAGACCAAUCAACUUUCCGUACUCAGAUCAUAAAAACCUAUCCAUGAUAACAUCACCAAGAAUUAACUUAUAUAAGCUGCAGAAUCAUCCAGCUCCAGAGCCUAACUUGCAUAAGCUGCAGAAUACAAUAUAGUACAUAUUGAAGCUCAAAGCAAUCGACGUUUCCAAUGUGGAAAACGCCGGGAGCGCUUAAGUCCCAAAAGUUGGUCUUGCUGUCAACCCUCCUCAUAGUGCUCCUCAGUGUGUUCUCCCUGUAUGACCCCUUUCUACUGCAACCCCUGCUUCCAGCUACAAGUUCGCCCAAAGCAUCUUCUUCGAGCCCCAAGUUCCUAGAGACGUGCAAUAUUUUCAACGGAGAGUGGGUUCCGAACCCCGACGGCCCGUACUACACGAACGACACAUGUUGGGCGAUUCACGACCACCAAAACUGCAUGAAGCAUGGGAGGCCCGACACCGAGUUCAUGAAAUGGAGGUGGAAGCCCGACAGUUGCGAGCUGCCUAUAUUUGACCCCACCCAAUUCCUGGAGCUCGUUCAGGGGAAGUCCCUAGCAUUCGUCGGGGAUUCGGUGGGAAGAAACCACAUGCAGUCUCUAGUAUGUCUCUUGUCCAAGGUGGAAUAUCCCACAGAUGUUUCGUCCUCGCCUGACCCGGAGUUCAAACGCUUGAAAUACGAAUCAUACAACUUCACUAUCGCCACUUUUUGGAGUCCCUAUUUGGUGAAGUUCAGGGAAGCAGAUGCCGAUGGCCCGACUCACACUGGCCUGUUUAAUCUCUACCUUGAUGAGUUUGAUGAGGAAUGGACCACCCAGAUCGACAAAUUUGAUUAUGUGAUCAUCUCCUCCUGGCACUGGUUCUCCCGGCCGGUGAUCUUCUCUGAGAAUCGUCAAAUAGUCGGCUGCAAUUUCUGUCGGAAGGAAAACAUCACCGACCUCACGAUGUUCUAUGGCUACAGAAAAGCAUUCAGGACAGCCUUUCGAGCCAUCAACAGCCUGAAGAACUACAAGGGAAUAACAUUUCUUCGGACAUUCGCGCCGUCUCAUUUCGAAAACGGAGAGUGGAACGAAGGCGGGAACUGCCUGAGGACAAGGCCGUUUCGGAGCGACGAGGCCACCUUGGAGGGUCGCAACCUGGAGGUGUACAUGGUCCAAAUCGAAGAAUUCAAGAGGGCGCAGGCGGAAGGAAGAAAGAGAGGUCUGAAGUUCAGGUUGCUCGACUCGACACAAGCAAUGUUAUUACGGCCCGACGGUCAUCCCAGUAGCUAUGGGCAUUGGCCGCAGGAAAACGUGACGUUGUACAACGACUGCGUCCACUGGUGCUUGCCGGGACCGAUUGACGUUUGGAAUGAUUUCCUGCUGGAGAUGCUGAAGGUUGAGAGGGUGCUGGACAAGGAAGAGCUUCACUACCAGGACGGAAGACUGAGAGCCGGAUAG